AUGAUUAUAAAUACAGCUGACGGACAGCUCAGAUUUGACAGCGGCAACGGCGACAUCUACCUCGACACCAAGGACGUUCUUCUCGUCAUCCCCAAGUCUCCGGAGGGCUUCACGAUAUGCAGUCUCAAGGAGGAACCGGCUCUCGAGCUGAUACUGGUCGAGUCGUCCUCAUCCUCGCUGCCCGAUAUCCUCCGGCCGCUGGCACUGGACAAGGCAGGAAGCCUGCCUGAUCACCUCGUCAGCAGCGCCACGCACAGCGUCGACAUCAUCGUGUCGGUCAAGUCAGGCACGGGGACGGCUCUUGUAUUCUGGCAGGACGUGCUGCGGCCUCUCCUGCAGCUGGUCGCUCCGCAGGGCCGAGAAGCCUCUGACGGUGUGGCUCACAAUGUGGUCAUCACCCAGAGUGCGGACAGCAUAUCGCAGUUCGCGCAAGAGCUGUGGUCCUCGCUGUCGUCGCCAGACAAGUCCAGGACGGUUGUCCUCCUCACCGGCGACGGCGGUAUAGUGGACCUGCUCCGGCAGCGGGAGGUGGAUGGCGACGGUGACGGUAAAGAUGGCAGCGCGCCGGCCACGCGGCCGACGGUGAGCCUGAUGCCUCUCGGCACGGGCAACGCGCUCUUCCACUCGCUCCACAAGCCGCUGUACGCUGCAGGAGACGGCGGGCCAUCGCCGCUGGUGGUGGCCGUGCGCACGCUCUUCCGGGGACAGGCCUCGCCCCUGCCGAUCUUCCGCGCCUCCUUCACCGAGGGGUCGUACAUCGUGCCACCCGGCGGCGGCGGGGUCGCCGACGAGCGUCAGAGCCCUCCCGCGAGGGUGAGGCACCUCGACGGCGCCGUCGUGGCCAGCUACGGGUUCCACGCUAGCCUCACGUACGAGAGCGACACGCCAGAGUACCGCGUCCACGGGGCCAAGCGUUUCGGCAUGGCGGCCCAGGAGCUGCUGCGCACGUCGCACGCGUACGCCGCCACGCUGGAGAUGAGGGCACCGGGCUCCCCGACCUUGGAGACCGCUGGUGGGCGCGACGGCACGCACUCGUACGUGCUCGCGUCGCUGGUGUCCAACCUCGAGCGCACCUUUACCAUAUCCCCAGACGCCAGGCCGCUGGACGGGCAGCUGAGGGUCGUGCACUUUGGCGAUGUCGGUCGUGAGCGCACCAUGGAGGCCAUGACGAAGGCGUACGAUGGGGGCAAGCAUGUCCACGUGGCGUGGCCCGACGGCCAGAAGGUACACUACGAACCUGUCGAGGAGAUGCGCGUCACCAUCAGGGAGGACGAGGACCGAUGGUGCAAGGUCUGCAUCGAUGGGACUACUGUGCAUGUCCCUACAGGGGGACAGAUGAACGUACGGAUGCUGGAAGAGACUCCUCUGCAGGUUCUCAUCAACCCGGAUGUGCUUCUCAAUACAUGA